AUGAUGUUUCAAGCACAGAGUAUUUUCAGUAUUUCAGUCACUCAUAUAGCAAGUAGUUCCAGCAUGGAAUGCGACUGCGAGGAAGUGACAUCGUGCGAGGGUAUUUCUCGUCCGACGGUUCAAAAAAAGCGCGCGAAAGAUAUUCCGAAGGUAUCAAAACUGGCUGAAACAACAAAAAUCGAGCCAUUAUUUUCAUUGCCACCAGAAUUAAUGGAAUGCAUUAAGUGUAAAAAACUGCAGGAGAAACGAAAGCAAUCUAAAUUUGAGGACACGUACACAGGAAAACGAUUAAAAGUAGAGAACUUUCGUAGAUAUGUGGUCAGCUUAAUUGUCAAAACUGAACUACCGAAUAUAGAUAUAGAUUUAAGUAACGACGAAGAUGUGAACCGAUACUAUAAUUAUAUUUGUAAUGGAAUUGAUACUGUUCACACAGUACAAAUACAGGACAACGUUAUAGAGAAGAUAUUACUUUUAGUUCCGUAUUAUUUGAGAGUUCGGUUCACUUACUACACGGAAAAUUUGCUGAUCGAGAUUAAAGAUAUUUACACAAGAAAUAUCAAAAAAGCAAUAUUGCAGUACGCACUUCAAGAUCCUGUAGAAAAUUCUUUAUUCGAGCAAAAGGAAAAUGAUGGGAAGUUGCUUCACAUGGAAUAUGUUGUACCUGGUUUAAAAGUCAAGAUUCGAGAAUACCGCGAAAAUUUACAGAAAAAUUUAUUUCUAAUAAACCCAUGCAUGAAGAUGACUUUAGAUUAUUGGGUCGGCGAAUAUGGCGAUUUUCGAUUGAUCGAUUUAGAACAAAUUGCCCAAUAUACAGAAAGUUGGGAUUUAAUAGAAUUUAACAAAAUGAUUAAUAAGCAAAUUAUGAAAGAGAAGAAUAUAUUGAAGAAUGUUUGGUAUGAUGGAAUACAAGAUAUAUUUCUCGUGAAUAACAGAAAAUCGUUAGUCCCUAGUCCGUUACAACGCAUACGAUUCAAAAGAUUCUACGAAUGUGUUGCUAAAAUAAUGGAAUCGCAGCUUUUGUUAAUGUGUAAAUACAGUUUGAAAGAUUUUAUGGAUUUAAUCAUCCGUGGAAAGCCGAUUAAUUGUGAAUUUAAUGUGGACAUAAUUGUUAGCUUCAAGCAAUUGACUUUUGAGCCAUCGUUUGAAAAAUUUAAGGAGAUGCUUUGCAGUAUCCUCGAUAAAUUAUGUGAAGCAGUUAAAUAUUUCGACAAAUUAGAAACUCAGCUUUAUUUGGAUUGGUCUGGCGAAGAAGGAUUUUUAAAACCGCACAUAGAGCACUUCAGAGUGCAACAACUGAAGCAGGAAAUUAUUGACUUAAUUGAUCGAGAAAGACUUAUUCCAGAGCAGAUAUUAAUGGAAUUACAAAUAUACGAACACUUAUACAACGACGAUGAAUAUUAUAUAGUGGAACGAUUUGUAAAAGAUGAAAGCAAGAAGUUAGAGGACUACAACAAUUUAAUAAAAUAUUAUCACAAUCUCAUGCUGAACUUUCCCGUCGAAAUUGAAAGGACAACUUUUACUGGAUUGUUUAAGGUGUCUCGAAAAAUAUUCAUCGAGACAAUCGUCGAUAAUGUUUAUCGUAUAAAAUGUCUUCUCACCGACACACUUGUCGAGAGGUAUCAAGACAUGGCCAGGAAAAUUACAGAGCAGUAUCAAAAUAUAUCUGAUCGUGCCUUGAACAUGCCUGCCAACACGGCCGAACUGAUGGAGCUUAAAAGCUUCAUUAAGAUAACCAGAGAAGUUACUUUAAAGACUCUCGAGCAGAAUCUCCACCAAAUAAUCGAGCAUAUUUCGCUGUUGUCCGAUUAUCGUCUUCUCAGUGACAUCGAGAUAAUCACGAACAACGAAGCUUUUCAGUGGUACCAUAAAGUACCCGAUAUUUUGGAAGAAAACGAAAGUAUCGUUGCGAUUAAGACGCUAGAAUUUCAGCGGGCAUUAAGAGUUAGGUAUAUUAAGUUCAAAGAGGAAUUGGAGUCUUACGCGAAACAAGUAGACGAGAUCGAACAUUGGGGAGACAUAGCAGAGGUGUACAAGUAUCAGAAAAGGACACAGACUUUAGAGAAUCGACUGAUCGCCGCUAUGGACAAGAUCGAUAAAUUUAACGAAGAAGAAGCUUCGUUUGGCUGGGACAUAACGCAAUAUCCACGUCGUAAGCAGAUUGCUGAUCAACUGAAGCCUUUCAAGCAACUCUUUGAUGCAAUUUGUGAUUUUUUGACAAAGCACGAUAAAUGGUUAAACUCCAUGAUCGGUAGUUAUAAUCCGGAGAACAUCGACAACGACGUAGGAUACGCGUUCAGAACGAUUUAUAAACUGGAGAGAAGUUUUCAUCAGCCAGCUUUGAGGCAGCUAGCAGCCAGCGUUCGGGAAAAAAUCGAGGACUUCAGGGAACACAUGCCGAUCAUUUUCACGCUUGGUAAUCCGGGAUUAAAGGAUCGCCAUUGGACACAAAUUUCGGAAAUUAUAAACGUCCCGAUAAAAGUCGAUCCUGAUUUAACAUUGGCGAAGAUCCUGGAUAUGAAUCUAGGCAGAUACGUCAGUCUGUUUGAGAGUAUCUCGGACAAUGCUUCGAAGGAAGCUACAUUGGAAAAAGCCAUGGAUAAGAUGGAGAGAGAUUGGGCCGAUUUGUACUUCACUGUGAACCCUUUCAAGGAUACCGGUACCUACGUUAUUGCUGGUGUCGACGAUAUACAGCUUCUUUUAGACGAUCACAUUAUUAGGACCGUUACUAUCAAGAAUUCACCAAAUAUAAAACCCUUCGAAACAAGGAUAUUGCGAUGGGAUUACAAACUCCAUUUGCUGCAAGAUAUUCUGGACCAAUGGCUACGCGUACAGGCGGUCUGGAUGUACCUGGAGCCGAUCUUCACGUCGCCGGAUAUCCAACAACAGAUGCCAGAGGAAGGAAGAAAAUUUUCCGCGGUGGACAAAACUUGGCGUGAUAUUAUGAAGACCGUUCACGCGGAUCCUCGCAUUUUCGUGGUCGUCGAAAUCGAUAAAAUGCUGGAGCGGCUAAAGAAGAGCUACGGAUUACUCGAAGACAUUCAAAAGGGUCUGAAUGAGUAUCUCGAAAAGAAACGACUCUUCUUCCCGAGAUUCUUUUUCCUGUCUAACGACGAGCUGCUGGAAAUUCUUUCUGAAACUAAGGAUCCAACUCGCGUUCAGCCGCAUUUGAAGAAAUGUUUCGAGGGUAUACAUCGAUUAAAAUUCGACGAAGAUCUCGAGGUGCUCGCUAUGAUAUCGACAGAGGACGAAGAAGUUAAACUAAUAGAAACGAUAUCCACAGCUGCUGCCAGGGGACAAGUAGAGAAAUGGUUGAUCGAAUUGGAAACGAUUAUGCGAAAAAGUAUACGAAAAGAGGUGAUGCUAGCGAUUCAGGCGUAUCCUAUCAAAUUGAGGAAGGUUUGGGUGCUGGAAUGGCCAGGUCAAACGAUCCUUUGCGUUGGCAAAAUGUAUUGGACUCUGCGUAUAGAGGAAUCGAUGUUGUUCGAUGUUGAAGGGUUGAAGAAAUACUUGGAACAAUGUCAAACGGAGCUGAAUGACAUAAUAUCGUUGAUCAGAGGCAAAUUAUCGAAACAGAAUCGCAUCACUCUAGAAGCGUUGGUUACGUUGGACGUUCACGGAAAAGAUGUGCUCGCGAGUCUUUACAAAGAACAAGUGGUGAAGAAUACCGAUUUUAGAUGGUUGUGCCACUUGCGUUACUAUUGGCUGGUCAGGCUUCCUAUUUCCUCAACAAAAGAAGAAAAUUUAAAAAUUACUUAG